AUGGCCGCUCUCGAUAAUAUUCCGUGGAUAGAUUCCAUGGCACCCUCCAGCGCACAAGAUCAUGGCCAGCCGGACUCUCAACCGCCGACGGUCGCUGCCUUUUCCCCGUCGACGAUAACCGGUUCGGCCCUGACCUCGCGUCAGCGUUCAAGUGUCAUCGUGCAUCGUAAAUCACCUCUGCUGGUGGCCACACCACCCGCCAUCACGCGAGCCCUAGCCUAUUCACACCCAUUUCUACUUCCCCUCAAUAAACUCGCUGGACUUCUUACAUGGACUUCUGGUGACCCAUGGCAGAGCUUUUUGUUGGUGGCCACAUUUUGGACGGUCGUGCUCUACAGCGAUGCCAUCAUCCUCUGGGCAGGCCCGAUCCUGGUCGUGGUCGCCCUGAUCCUCGGCAUGUAUGGCCGUCGCUACUCGCCCCUGUCAUCGACCACAUCUACAGGCGAGAAGCACAAAACUAAAGUUGCCCCGGAUAGCUCUCUCCGUCAUCAGAAGAGCCUGGACGAGAUCGUCGAGACACUCCGCAUCUUGACCACCAGAUGCAACAUUCUCCUCGAACCCCUUCUUGACCUAACCGAUUUCCUUUCAACCCAGCGUACCGCCACAUCAGCAACCACCAAACCCGCUUUGACGGCUCUCUUCAUCCGUAUUCUGCUAGUCACUCCAGUCUGGAUUGGUCUAACUCUCCCUCCCUUCUAUCUAAUUACCACGCGCCGUGUCGUUAUGGCCGUCGGUACAAUCGUCUUAACCUAUCAUUCCCGUCCUGCAAGAGUCUCGCGUGUUAUUCUAUGGCGGUCCCGGGCCGUGCGUCGACUCUGUGCUGUCGCCACUGGUCUUUCAGUCGCUGAAAGCCCAGGCAGUAUACAGAAAGCUCACUCCAAAGCUAAAGGCCAAGGUCAGGGUCUCAACAUCUCGACCCGCCGACGUGGAACCAAUUCUGGCGUUCGAUUCACUUUUGUUGUUUACGAGAACCAGCGCCGCUGGCUAGGCAUCGGUUGGACUUAUUCGUUGUUCCCGUCCGAGCGUGCUUCUUGGACAGACGAGCACAUGAAUGCCGUCGCACCCAAAGACACAUUUGAGCUUCCCGAUGUUCGAACCGGGGACGCCAAAUGGCAAUGGGUUGAAGGCAGCGAGUGGCGGGUUGAAGGAGCCGAUAACUUCAAUGGAAAAUCAGACGGAAAGGGAUCGACUGGCGAAGGUUGGAUCUACUAUGAUAACAAGUGGAACGACGGCCGUCGCGGUCAAGAUGGAUGGGACCGCUACACUCGCCGACGCAAGUGGUUCCGAGACGCCGAACUAGCCGAGCUCUCGCAAAGUAACAGCCAGAACGACUCCGAGGAAACCAUUUCUGGGAUCACUCAAGCGCUGGAAAAGGAACAAGCACUGCAAAAAGAGAAAGCCCAGCAGAAUGAGGAAGAAAUCCGCAGAAUGAGCAUUAGCUCGUCUACGUCGUUACUAUCCCGGCGCCGUCGGUGGUUCAGCGGUCCAGGUCCAAAGACCGAGAAAGAGGAAAGCGCUGCAUCUCCAACCGGUACUGGUCGUGCGACAGGCUCCAAAACUCCAGAUGACUCACAACAGUCAAAGCCGAUCAGCAUCAAAAAUUCCAAGAAGCCGUCGCAUACCCGCGAGGGUAGUGUGGCCACAAGUGAUAGUGCCAGUCUUCGAGAGAAGGAAAUGGCAAAUUCGCAGGACCACCUCGAUCGUUGGUCCACUCGAGCUGCUGGGGGAACUGAAAGGGCAGAAAGAGAGUGGGGGCUUAGCGAUGAGAUUAAUAUGGGUUUGAGCUGA